CUAGCAUGUCGAUUAUCGACUAAUGUCAGGGAGAGUCCCUAACCUCUAACGUCAAAAACUUUGCGAUUCAGAAAUCCUAUUUGAGUUUGCUAACAUUAUCCCGAUGAAAAACGAAGACAGUUUAGUCUAAACAAGGACAAAUUGAACACACGAGAAAGGUAUCGACUAAAAAUGUUUCCAUUCUCCACUUCUCCGUGGACUUUUUUACCGCGCGAUAUGACGAAAGGAUCGGUCACAUCCAGACGGUGGAUGGAUCUAGUUUUCGAUUGAUCGUCGUCGAUCUUGAUCCAACUGGGCUCGUCAACGUAGAGCGGUUUCUGUAUCUCCCAACCCUCACGGUAGCACUCCUUCCUCGAAUCGCAGGACGUGAGAUAGCUCUUGUCGGACUUCCAAAAUUUUCCGAAAUGAGGAAUUGAGUUCGGGAUUCGGUAUCGGAGAUAUUCCUUCGCUUUCGACUUUCGGGGAUCCUGCGAUCUGUUCAUGUCCAGGAAUUCAUGCUUUGAUUUGAAGAAGCUUAAAAAUGAAAUUCAGAUUCUUGGGGGAUGGGGACUGCCCGGAUUGGCUGCUGGCAGAGAUCAACACCUUAUCGCGUAUGACGUCGAUUAAAAUUAAGAUACUAGGACAGGCGGUUGCAAAGUACCUCACAGAAGGGGAGCUCGAUGAGGAGAAGGUAAAGAAAAUCACUCAGGACGCUAAACUCGAAUUAAACGACGCAAAGGCUAUGGUGGCCGCGCUGGAGUUGAUGUUAACGUCGUCCGCUCGAUAUGGCGUUUCCGCCACGGAUUUGAGCAGCGAAUUGCAGCAACUUGGCCUUCCUCGUGAACACAGCGCGGCGAUCGCUAGGCUGCACACGGAUCAUUGCCCUCAAAUUACGGCUGCUCUUUCGUCGCAAUCCUUGAGAGUCAGUCGAUUGUCGUCGAUCCAGGUUGUGUCCCGUGACGACUCGUCGCCGUUCUCAACGGUGUCCCUAAAGGUAAAGAAACUGGAUGGAUGUGGUGAAAGCUCUACUAUUGAUAUCUCGAAAGAAGACGUGCACAUUCUGUUGGGGGAGCUACGCAGGGCGAAAUCUUUGAUGGAGAAUCUGUAAACCUCGUACGUCAUGUUCCCCAUUUAUACUCUUCGUUGAUACCAUCUCAGAUAUUCGAUAAGCGUAAUUACGUGUAACAAUAUAUAUACAUUCCACGGUA